CCGGCGGCCACUGAGGCGGGGGCCCUCUUGCCCUCCGUUGCUCUCCUGGCCGGGCCUCGGCAAGCUCAUUCCUGAAUUCUGAAGCGGACGCACCGGGCGCGGGAGCGCAGUCCUGGUCCGCGGCUUCUGCCGGGUGUGAGCGAACCUUGGAGGGUCGGACUGGCCGCGCGCGCCCCUGGCAGCCUGGGGACGGGGGCGGGUCUGGAGUGGUGGCGGCAACUCGGAGGAGAAUGCGGUCCACCGCAGGGCUGUUGGAGUUGCUGCCGUCCGGUGCCAUUUGGAUAGUACUUUAGCGGCACAAUGUACUCUGAGUGGCGGUCACUGCAUUUGGUGAUUCAGAAUGAUCAAGGCCAUACCAGUGUGCUACACAGCUAUCCAGAGAGUGUUGGGCGAGAGGUGGCGAAUGCAGUGGUCCGUCCUCUUGGGCAGGCAUUAGGUACCUCUUCAGUGUCUGGUAGUGAGAGUUUGUUAAAAACUGACAAAGAAGUAAAAUGGACUAUGGAAGUAAUUUGCUAUGGACUGACCCUUCCAUUGGAUGGAGAGACUGUAAAAUAUUGUGUUGAUGUAUAUACAGAUUGGAUUAUGGCUUUGGUAUUGCCUAAAGAUUCUAUUCCAUUACCAGUUAGUAAAGAGCCUAAUCUAUAUGUUCAAAGUAUAUUAAAGCACCUACAAAAUCUUUUUGUACCAAGACAGGAACAGGGCUCCAGUCAGAUCCGACUAUGCUUACAGGUUCUGAGAGCCAUUCAGAAACUGGCCCGUGAGUCAUCCAUCAUGGCUCGAGAAACCUGGGAAGUCUUACUGUUGUUUCUUCUGCAAAUUAAUGACAUACUUCUGGCCCCACCAACUGUUCAAGGUGGCAUUGCUGAAAAUCUAGCAGAGAAGUUGAUUGGUGUUCUUUUUGAAGUUUGGUUAUUAGCUUGCACCCGGUGCUUCCCAACACCUCCUUAUUGGAAGACAGCCAAGGAGAUGGUGGCUAACUGGAGGCACCACCCAGCAGUGGUGGAGCAGUGGAGCAAGGUCAUCUGUGCACUUACUUCCAGAUUGCUCCGCUUUACAUACGGCCCUUCAUUUCCUCCGUUUAAAGUUCCUGAUGAAGAUGCCAACCUGAUCCCUCCAGAAAUGGACAAUGAGUGUGUUGCACAAACAUGGUUUCGAUUUUUGCACAUGUUAAGUAAUCCUGUGGAUCUGAGUAAUCCAGCCAUUAUAAGCUCAACCCCCAAGUUUCAGGAGCAGUUCCUGAGUGUGAGUGGAAUGCCACAGGAGCUGAGCCAGUACCCCUGCCUUAAACAUCUGCCUCAGAUAUUCUUUCGUGCCAUGCGUGGAAUCAGCUGUCUGGUGGAUGCAUUUUUAGGCAUUUCUCGACCGAGAUCAGACAGCGCUCCCCCAACACCUGUGAAUAGAUUAAGUAUGCCUCAGAGCACUGCUGUGAAUACCACACCACCACAUAACCGGAGGCACCGGGCUGUGACUGUGAAUAAGGCCACCAUGAAGACAACCGCGGUUACUACUGUUCACACCUCGAAAGUCCAGCACCAGGCAUCCUCCACUUCUCCUCUGUCAAGUCCAAAUCAGACUAGUUCAGAACCCAGGCCGCUGCCUGCCCCUCGCAGACCAAAGGUUAACAGCAUCUUAAAUCUCUUUGGAUCGUGGUUAUUUGAUGCAGCAUUUGUUCACUGCAAACUCCAUAAUGGAAUAAACAGAGACAGCAGCAUGACUGCCAUUGCAACACAAGCUAGCAUGGAGUUUCGACGAAAAGGGUCCCAAAUGUCCACAGACACCAUGGUUUCCAAUCCUGUGUUUGAUGCAAGUGACUUUCCUGAUAACUAUGAAGCAGGAAGAGCUGAGGCUUGUGGGACAUUAUGUAGAAUUUUUUGUAGCAAGAAGACUGGAGAAGAGAUUCUGCCAGCUUAUUUAUCCAGAUUUUACAUGCUUUUAAUUCAAGGUUUGCAGAUAAAUGAUUAUGUGUGCCAUCCUGUCUUGGCCAGCGUUAUUCUAAACUCCCCUCCUUUGUUCUGCUGUGACUUGAAAGGGAUUGAUGUUGUGGUUCCUUACUUUAUUUCAGCUCUUGAAACCAUUUUGCCUGACAGAGAACUCUCAAAAUUCAAAAGCUAUGUAAAUCCAACAGAAUUGAGAAGAUCCUCCAUUAAUAUCCUGCUUUCUUUGUUGCCCCUCCCUCAUCAUUUUGGCACAGUCAGAUCUGAGGUGGUCCUAGAAGGGAAGUUUAGUAAUGAUGACAGCUCUUCUUAUGAUAAACCAAUAACUUUUCUGUCCCUGAAGUUGAGACUUGUGAAUAUACUAAUCGGUGCCUUGCAAACGGAAACGGACCCUAACAACACCCAAAUGAUACUAGGAGCAAUGUUAAAUAUUGUUCAGGAUUCUGCACUUUUAGAAGCCAUUGGUUGCCAAAUGGAGAUGGGUGGUGGAGAAAACAACCUGAAGAGUCAUAGUCGUACCAAUAGUGGCAUUAGUUCAGCAAGUGGAGGAAGCACAGAACCUACAACGCCUGACAGUGAGAGACCUGCUCAAGCUCUCCUAAGGGAUUACGCUCUUAAUACAGAUUCAGCUGCUGGGCUCCUGAUUCGCAGCAUCCAUCUCGUCACCCAAAGACUCAACUCCCAGUGGCGGCAAGACAUGAGCAUAUCCCUGGCGGCUCUGGAGCUCCUCUCUGGCCUGGCAAAGGUGAAGGUGAUGGUUGACUUGGGAGACCGGAAGCGUGCCAUCAGUUCUGUGUGCAGCUAUAUUGUAUACCAGUGCAGUCGGCCAGCUCCUCUUCACUCCCGGGAUCUGCACUCCAUGAUAGUGGCAGCAUUCCAGUGUCUCUGUGUCUGGCUGACAGAGCACCCUGAUAUGCUGGAUGAAAAGGAUUGCCUUAAGGAAGUAUUGGAGAUUGUAGAACUGGGUAUCUCAGGAAGCAAGUCCAAAAACAGUGAGCAAGAGGUCAAGUACAAAGGCGAUAAGGAGCCAAACCCUGCGUCCAUGAGGGUAAAGGAUGCUGCAGAAGCCACUUUAACAUGUAUCAUGCAGUUGCUUGGCGCUUUUCCUUCACCCAGUGGUCCUGCCUCUCCUUGUAGUCUGGUGAAUGAGACCACUCUGAUCAAAUACUCCAGGCUGCCAACCAUAAACAAGCAUAGCUUCCGGUACUUUGUCUUGGAUAACAGUGUCAUCCUGGCAAUGCUGGAGCAACCGCUUGGAAAUGAGCAGAAUGAUUUUUUCCCCUCUGUCACUGUGCUGGUCAGGGGAAUGUCGGGAAGACUUGCUUGGGCUCAGCAGCUUUGCCUUUUACCCAGAGGAGCAAAAGCAAAUCAGAAGGUACAUCAGAAGUUACAGUGUCUUUUUGUGCCAGAAUCUCGCCCAGUUCCUAAAAAUGAUGUUGGAUUUAAAUAUUCUGUGAAACAUCGACCAUUUCCUGAAGAGGUGGACAAGAUUCCUUUUGUAAAAGCAGAUUUGAGCAUUCCAGAUUUACAUGAAAUUGUCACUGAAGAAUUAGAAGAGAGGCAUGAAAAAUUAAGGAGUGGUAUGGCCCAGCAGAUCGCUUAUGAAAUACAACUGGAACAGCAGAGCGAGGGAGAAUUGCAGAAGAGAAGCUUUCCUGACCCUGUUACGGAUUGUAAGCCUCCUCCUCCUGCUCAGGAAUUCCAAACAGCCCGUCUUUUCCUUUCUCAUUUUGGAUUUUUGUCCUUAGAAGCAUUGAAGGAACCCACAAAUAGUCGUCUACCUCCUCACCUUGUUGCACUCGAUUCUACCAUACCUGGGUUUUUUGAUGACAUUGGGUAUCUGGAUCUCUUGCCAUGUCGUCCUUUUGACACAGUUUUUAUUUUCUACAUGAAACCAGGUCAGAAAACAAACCAAGAGAUUUUAAAGAACGUGGAGUCUUCCAGAAAUGUUCAGCCACAUUUCCUAGAAUUUUUGCUUUCCCUUGGCUGGUCAGUAGAUGUGGGCAGGCAUCCUGGUUGGACGGGACACGUGUCCACCAGUUGGUCAAUUAAUAGUUGCGAUGAUGGUGAAGGGUCUGAACAAGAUGAAAUAACUUCCUCUGAAGAUGUUGGGGCUAGCAUUUUCAAUGGGCAGAAGAAGGUCCUGUAUUAUGCUGAUGCCCUGACGGAAAUAGCUUUCGUGGUUCCUUCUCCUGUGGAGUCCUUAACCGAUUCUUUGGAAAGUAAUAUCUCAGACCAAGAUAGUGACUCAAAUAUGGAUCUUAUGCCUGGAAUUCUGAAGCAGCCACCCCUGACACUUGAACUGGUCCCCAAUCACACAGACAAUCUUAAUUCCUCACAGAGGCUUAGUCCCAGUUCCAGAAUGAAGAAACUGCCUCAGGGUCGCCCUGUGCCUCCCCUUGGACCUGAGACAAGAGUGUCUGUAGUCUGGGUGGAACGCUACGAUGAUAUAGAAAACUUUCCCCUGUCAGAUCUGAUGACAGAGAUCAGCACUGGUGUGGAAACUACUGCUAACAGUAGCACCUCUCUGAGAUCUACAACUCUUGAAAAAGAAGUCCCAGUAAUCUUCAUCCACCCUUUAAACACUGGAUUGUUCCGGAUAAAAAUCCAAGGAGCCACUGGAAAAUUUAACAUGGUCAUCCCCCUUGUUGAUGGGAUGAUAGUCAGCCGGCGAGCCCUGGGCUUUCUGGUGCGGCAGACUGUAAUAAAUAUUUGUAGAAGAAAGAGACUGGAGAGUGAUUCCUACAGUCCUCCACAUGUCCGUCGGAAACAGAAAAUCACUGACAUUGUCAACAAAUACCGGAAUAAGCAGUUGGAGCCAGAGUUUUAUACUGCCCUUUUCCAGGAGGUUGGGCUCAAGAACUGCAGCUCUUAGAGCACAGUCUGCCCAGGGCAGUGGACUGCAAAAUGGGCUCUGACAUCCAAGCAAGACAGUCCUGAAAAACACAAGCGAAUCACUCCCAAGACUCACUGUUCAAUCACCAGAACCACGAUGUGAAGCCACUGGCUCGACUGCCUGCUUUCUGAUGAUGGACCUCACAUAGUCACACUCCUGCUGAAAAGGACAGCAAGCAUUUUAGCCAUAAACUUUAUUUUAAAGUGACAAUUUUAGUAAAUAUAAGCCUUUUGAGGAUAAAGGCUUUUAUGCAUCAGUUAAAUACAUGCAUUGGUAGUGUCAACAGGCUUGCAAGGUAGGAGCUGAAGAUAGUUUAUACCUCGCUUUUUAGGAGGGUGUAUUCAAAAUUAAAAUCAGUCUCAGAACCUUCCAGAACUUUUUAAGGCUCAAGUUGACACCGUGAAGGAGGAGGUAGCAGCUUUGUGCUCAUGUUUCGAUCUAUUUGUUACCUGUCAUACUGACAGGUGAAACAUAAAGGGUUUUACUCAGAUGAGUCUGACAUUAAAAUAUUUCCUAUUUCUUU